AUGUUUUAUUCAGAAACUAUUCUUUCAAAAAAAGGACCUUUGGCAAAGAUCUGGCUUGCAGCACAUUGGGAAAAAAAGCUUUCAAAGUCUCAAUUUUUGCAGACAAAUAUUAAACAAACAGUUAAUGCAAUUGUCAAUCAGGAUCAGAUUCCUAUAGCACUUAGAUUAAGUGGACAGUUAUUGUUGGGUGUUGUGAAGGUUUAUUCGCGUAAAACGCGUUAUCUUUUAGAGGAUUGCAAUGAAGCCUUGAUAAAAAUUAAAAUGGCUUUUAGACAAGGAAAUGUAGAUCUUCCUGCAUCAAAUAAUAUGAAUAUUGCACUUCAGUCUGCUCAAUUAGUAUUGCCUGAAACAAUUACUGAGUUUGAUCUUUUGAUUCCUGAUCCUACAUUCAACAUAAUGGAUAUAGACGAAAUUCCAGAGCCUUCCAGUUUUUCUUAUGUUUCAAAAAAACAAGACAUUACACUUAUAUCAGCACUUGAUCCAUCUAUUGAAGUUGGCCGAGGACAUCAACUAAAUUUAGUAGAUGAUCCUCUUGUUCAAAUAGACGAAAGUCAGAAAAUUGAUCUGGAUCUUGGAAUUGGCGAUAAUGAUGGUUUACAAAAUGAUAUUUCUGUUGAAAUUGGUAGAGAUCGUGUACCAGAAUCACGCUUUAGCCAAGAAUUCAGUAAUAUCAUUGGAUCAGAGAAAGAUGUGAAUGAUGAAAAUAUUUUUCUUACUGAUGUAGACAUGGGUAAUCAUUUAGAUACUAUACAUUCAAAUGACAUGCAUGACCCUCUUGAGCCUGUAACGGAGUUUUCUAUUCAUCAAUUAGAAGCUAUAGAUCAAAAUAAUGGAUUGAUAUUAGAAGACAGAGAAAGAUCUAUUUCUGGAACUACUAGCACAUUGACAGCGGAAAUUUUAGAAUUUGAUGAAUUACAAGCUGGGAUACCUGAAUCUAAUGAUAAGACAACUCAAUCGAAAACCCAUCAAUCACGGUACAAAAGGGUAUUGGAAGAUUCCGCUAUUGAAAUAUCUUCAAAAGCAUUCUCUUCUCAGUUACGAAAUACGUCAUCUAUUACUAAACAAAAUAAACUACUCUCUUCAGAUCCUAUUUUUUUGACAUUAACUCAGCUUCAAACAUCAGGUAAAUUUGCAACACAUAUAUUCGAGCCUUCAAACGUUCAUCCAUCAAUUGUAUCUUUGCUUAAUCCUGGUUAUAUUUCUUUUGUACAAUCCAACUUAUUUAAACGAAAGCGUGUAGAAAAUAUAAAUCAAAAUGAUUAUGACUCAGCCAAUGUGUCUAAACAUGCCAAAAUUGAUACUACUCCCAUUAAUGAAUCCAGAAUAGAUGCAGAUUUGUCUAACAAUAAUCUUGGAAAUUUUGAGCUUGAAAAUUCUAAUAUACUUCUUCCUGUUGAUGAUAACUCCAUUUCUAUUUAUGAUAAUUCAGAAAUAAAUGCAGAUCAAGUCUCUAAAUCAUCUAUAUAUGACUUUUCAAUUAAACAGGACAAAGAGAUAGAAUUAGUUAAUGAAAGCACAUUUGAUUCGGGAAUUUAUGAUGAUUUAGAUUUAAUUUCCACUUUAAGAAAUAGAUUUAAUCUUGAGAAAAAUGCAUCUAAAAAUACCAUUAGCUUUAAUGAUCUUAUAGAAAAUGCAUCACGUAUAGAUGUUUCAAAAAAAUUUCUUGAAAUUCUAGUUUUGGCGACUAAAAAUCUUAUAAACAUUGAACAGAAAGAAAGUUAUGGUGAUAUUCGGAUUAGUGCAUCUAAAGAGCUUUUUGAUAAUAAUAUAAAAAUUUUACUUGAAAAAGACCAAAAUAUACAAAAUAAUGUAAAAAAAAUUAACAUGGUUAAAUCUUCAAAUAAUUAA